UACCCCAUUUUUAUCUUAUUUCCGAAAUCACCCCAUCCCCGCCUGAGCUCAGACCACUUUCCGGCCAGCCUCCCUUCCCAUUAUCUCUCUUUUCCUUUUUUUCUUUUAAUUUCAAAAAAAUAAAAUUCUGUUUCCAUUUUCAUACUCGUCUUUGAACUGUGAAUUUUCGCAUAAUAAUUUUUCUGUUUUAUAAAAAAGUUUUGUGUUGAAGUCAAAAUGAACCUGGGAGUAGGGUUGAAUGCAAGCAGAAAAAUGAACGUUGAUGAAAUUUAAGAGCUCAAUUUUUUUUAUUUUUUUUUUCGAAAAUAAAAUAUGUCAGUAAUGGAGCUGAGAGAACGGCACACGGCGGCAAUGCAGACGGUAAAUUCUCUCCGAGAACGACUGAAGGAGAAGCGCCUCCUCCUUCUCGACACCGAUGUUGCUAGCUAUGCUAAGUCACAAGGUAAAUCUCCGAUUAGCUUCGGCGCCACAGAUCUGGUUUGUUGCCGGACCCUGCAAGGACACACAGGCAAGGUGUAUUCACUGGACUGGACUCCUGAAAAGAAUCGUAUUGUCAGUGCAUCUCAAGAUGGCAGGUUAAUUGUAUGGAAUGCUCUCACAAGCCAGAAAACCCAUGCAAUUAAGCUUCCAUGUGCUUGGGUCAUGACAUGUGCCUUUUCUCCAACUGGGCUAUCUGUUGCCUGUGGUGGGCUGGACAGUGUUUGCUCUAUCUUCAAUUUGAAUUCUCCUCUUGAUAAAGAUGGGAACUUACCUGUAUCAAGAAUGCUUAGUGGGCACAAGGGUUAUGUAUCGUCGUGCCAGUAUAUUCCAGAUGAUGACACUCAUUUAAUAACUAGUUCUGGUGAUCAUACAUGUGUUUUGUGGGAUAUAACCACUGGUCUGAGAACGUCUGCUUUUGGGGGUGAAUUUCAAUCUGGACAUACUGCCGAUGUGUUAAGUGUCUCAAUAAAUGCGUCAAAUACAAGAAUGUUUGUCUCUGGAUCAUGUGAUGCAACUGCCCGUCUUUGGGACACCCGUGUUGCUAGUAGAGCUGUUCGUUCAUUCCAUGGUCAUGAGGGAGAUGUUAAUUCCGUCAAGUUCUUUCCAGAUGGUAAUAGAUUUGGUACUGGUUCAGAUGAUGGGACUUGCCGAUUAUACGACAUUCGGACUGGGCAUCAGCUACAAGUUUACUCUCAGCCACACAGUGAUAACGAAGCCCCCCAUGUGACUUCCAUUGCAUUCUCCAUUUCUGGGCGUCUUCUCUUUGCUGGGUACUCAAAUGGAGAUUGCUAUGUAUGGGACACUCUAUUGGCAAAGGUGGUCGUAAAUCUCGGAUCAGUUCAAAACUCUCAUGAUAAUAGAAUAAGCUGUCUGGGAUUAUCAGCUGAUGGAAGUGCAUUGUGUACAGGAAGUUGGGAUACAAAUCUCAAGAUUUGGGCUUUUGGAGGGCACAGAAAAGUGGUCUGAAUAUUGGACGCCAUCUCUUGUAGAUCUUGUAUCCUUGUCAAAACGGUGUGGUAUCAAGAAAAAGAAAUCAUCAUUUACGUCUUGUUAUUCUUGUCAACCCAGACAGACUUAAUAAUAGAUAAAUAUCUCAUCAUGGGUUGGCACUUUGUUCCGACCGUUAGAUUCCUAAUCUGUGUAUCUAUGUUGACAACUUCUUAUACUAUAGACUAUAGAAGAUUUACGAGCACAGAAUUUCUUCU